UUGUGGGUCAUGACCUUUUGGUUAAUUAACAUUGAAAAUCGACUACCUUUUUCUCUACUGUCAAUGUCACUUCAAACAGUUCCUUAGACAUUAGUGUCACUUUAUAGUCAAAGUUGGCCUGAGAUGGUUGAUUGAGGUUUUGGUAGGGUUUCACCAUGUUCCCAUAGGCAAUAUCCUGUAACAUCGGCGUUUAGCCUGUUUAAUAUUAUUUUUAAAUAAUGUAAAUUGAAUUUUAAAUUCAACCAUUGUUUGGUUCUGGGGCUGUUUAGCAAGUAUGCACAUUCACUGAUGAUGGACCGAUAGGUCUGAAAACGUUCUGAAUUGGACAUUUUUAUUCAAUCCAUUGGGAUUUUUAAGUUUUAAUAAAUAUACCAAUUUACAUAGAAGUGGUUUUACUUCUUGUUAGAGUUUUUUAACUAUAUGGUAUACAGCCAACCUAGGGAACCUCCCUUUUAGUUUAUAUAUGACAGUAUGGUCAACUUGGCGCUACAAUACUUGCGAUUAGCCACACAACGGAGCAACAUAAAGCUGGACAUAUGGUUCAUUUCAAGAUGUUUACAUCAUAAAGUCUUCCCAACAUUUUGUAGAGUUAGAACAUCCAAUAAUGUACAUCCUAACAUCAGGACCUCCAUGCAGAUUAAACUCAUGAAGAAAGAGAUUUGUAAACAUUACAGUAAACUCAACUACAUAGAAUGUAAGCUAAAGGUAACAUAUGAUUCUCUACUUGAAACUUUACAAUUUAUUAAUCUUAAUUCUUUUAUGUCAGACGUUCAGGAUAAGGUAGAUCAUUCACAUUCAGUUAAAUUUAAUAGAGUCAAUAAUAAAUUAAAACACUUAAUCAACAAUAAGAUUAGACUUGAUCAACAAAAAGCUUCUCGUAAUAAAAAUUAUUCCAAUUUUCGAUUCCACCCAAGAAUCAAAAAUCUCUCAAAAGUCCAAUUUUCUGAUGACGAAUUAAAACUCUUAAACCUCGGCCUCAAACACUCCAUUCCUAGCAAUUUAUCUAUCAAAGAUCUUGAGAGUCUUUCCAUAGAGACCGACAUGGUUAUUCAGAAUCUUUCCAUUUCACUCACACAAAAAACUUCAAUCAGAAACUCUUGCAUCCAAACUAUCAACAAAUUCAAAACUAAACUUCUUUCCAACAAUAACUCCUCUCUUACCAACAUCAGUUCCCCUUCUACUUCUACACAAACUUCUUCAUCUCUCUCUUUUCCCAAUUUCUCAUAUAAUAAGUCUAAAUCCCUUCUCUCCACACUCAAAUCUAUCAAAAAUAAGAUCCAAAACCACCACCUCAUCUUCAGCAAAGCAGAUAAGGGUAACUGCCUUGUUAUUUUAGACCAACAAUUAUACAUUGACAAAGUCACCUCUUUCCUAGACAACAAUAACUUUACUUUGCUUCCUGUUGAUCCCUCUAAAUCUUUUGUUUCGAAGAUGAAAACCAACUUAAAGCAAUUUACUGAAUUCUUUUCUGAAUUUGAAGCACCAUAUACUAAAAUUCCAUCAAAUCCACUCACCCCCAGGUUAUACGGUUUACCAAAGAUACACAAAGUUGACAUUCCUAUUCGUCCCGUUGUCAGCUUCAUUAACACUCCAGUUUCUAUUUUAUCUAAAUUCAUUCUUAACACCAUUAAAAACUUUAUUAACUUUACCCCACAGUUUACUAUUUUGAAUUCUCGCCAAUUAGUUGAAAAACUUCAACUUGUCAAUCUUAAUCCAAAUAUUGUUAUGCUUUCUUUUGAUGUUAGCAAUUUAUUUACUUCAGUACCAAAAAAUGAAUCGAUUAGUCUGGUUAAUUCACUCCUCUUAAAUAAUUCUGUCACUUCCACCACCACUUCGUCUAUUAUAAACAUUCUCAAAAUUUGUCUAUCUCAAGAUUACUUUGUUUUUAAUAACAACUUUUAUCAACAACCUGACGGUUUAGCAAUGGGUAGUUGCUUAUCCCCUUUCUUAGCUGAUGUUUUUAUGGAUCACUUAGAAUCCAACUAUAUCAUAAAAAAUCCAGAGAUCUUACACUGGUUCCGUUAUGUUGAUGACAUUUUAGUCCUCAUUUCUGGUAACUCUGAUUCAGCUCACAACUUACUUCACAAAAUAAAUCAAAUCCAUCCUAAUAUCACCUUUACCAUGGAACUAGAAUCUUCUAACUCCAUUAACUUUCUGGAUUUAUCUAUUACCAGACUACAUGACCACUUCAACUUUGGUAUCUACCGUAAACCAACACAGACAGAUCAUGUUAUCCAUUCUACUUCUAAUCACCCUUUAUCAUAUAAACUCUCUGCUUUUCGCAGUUUUAUACAUAGAUUAAACUCUAUUCCUUUAUCCGUAACUGAAUUCAACAAAGAGUUGAAUAUUAUCAAACAGAUUGCAGUCAACAAUGGUUAUGACCCAGACAUUAUCACUAAACUUCAACAAAAAAGAGAACUCAAAUUACUACAACAAUCCGCUUUCUCUACAUCAUCCACAACUACUCCCAUCUAUGCCUCCUUACCAUUCAAUAACUCCAAAUUAUCUGAAAGAGUCAAACAUAUCAUUUCAAAUUCUUGUGACAACAUAAAAAUAUCUUUCAAAGUUAAUAACACUCUCAGCAAAAGUUUAACUAAUACCAAAGAUCCUAUCCAUUAUAUGAACCGGAGUGGGGUAUACAGACUCUCUUGUUCAGAUUGUGAUGCCACCUACAUCGGCAGAACUUACAGAUCCCUUUCUACCCGAUCUGCUGAACACAGCAAGAGAGAUACCACUUCUGCCUUUUCACACCAUUUAAAAGUCAAUAAACAUGAACUUAAGAUUCCUGAAGGUGUCCAGUUGAUACACAAUAUUCAACAAAACAAUACACUCCGUUUAGACUUAUACGAAGAUUUGGAGAUUGGCAAGGACAUGAAGAAGAGUCCCAACUGUGUCAAUAGACAAACAUCCCUUAACCGCAACUUUGUCCCCAUUCACCGCCAAUUAUUCUCAUAAUUCCUAUUUUUUCAACUUCCUCUUUUUAUCCUAUUCUUUCUCUUUCAACUUACUCUCUCGCCUUUUUCAAAAUUU